UUUGGAUCCGUUGCGUUUUGGCGGGAAGAAGAUGGCGGCGCCGGAGCCGGAGAAGGAGGAAGAAUGCGGCGCUCCCGCCGCGGGCCCUCAGGGUAAAAUCGGCCGCGAGCAGAUCCUGGACACGUUGAUCAAUCAGUUCCUGGAGGCGUUGGACGCCGGCGGAUGUCGCCUUUUCUCCAAGUGCUACAUUAACCUCUACAAAGCCCAUCCUGAAUUCACAAAAUGUAUUUAUAAUCAGUUCAUAUCCCAUCUGCAAACUUCUGUACGGGAAGAGACCCAGGCCCUCAAGGAGGAAGGGAACCUGCCGUUGCUCCUGGAGUCCCUGGAUAAGCUCGAGAAAGAAGCGAAGGACAAGGAAGGCCCUGCCUGGCGCCCAAGUGAUCCCGAGGAAGACGUCCGCGGGGUGGUCGUGCCCUACCUUCUAAAGCAGCGCAAAUUCCUCCAAAAGUCCCUGAAGGAAAAGCAGGAGACCAACUCACACCUGGCUGCAGCUGUGGUGGCUGGUCGGCAGCGGAUUGCAGAGCUGGAGGAGCAGAUCCGUCGGCAGAAGGAAGAGUGGCAGGGAGUUGCUAUCGAAGGCCGGAAGAUGAUGGAGACCUUUGAUGAUCUCUCCUGAGUAGGCCUGGCUGCUUUUGGGGGCGAGGAUGUGAGAAAGACCUCCGAGGGCCACGCAUUGACCCCGAGGAUUUCUGCCAGAUUUCCAGAGCAGCCAAUCUGUGGGAAAAGGCUGCUCCCUCUCGGCUUGACUAUGGGGUGGGAGGCUGGGAGUGGGGUUGCAUGUGACUGUGUGCUUAUUUUGAUUAAAACAUUG